AUGGCCAAAUACCUAAAGAAAGUUCGGAAGAACUUGGAAAAGUUUGAUUAUUUCAAAAUCGAGCAAAUACCAAGAGAACAAAACUCUAAUGUCGAUGCCUUAGCAAAAUUGGCCUCGCAGAAUGAAUUUGAUGAACUGAACUUAGUUCCGGUGGAGAUGCUAAACGAACCAAGUAUAUGUGAAAAGAAAGAUGUCGAGAUGAUAGAUAGCUCGCCCAUGUGGAUGACGCCUAUAUUCAACUAUCUUCUCAGUGGACAACUUCCUACUGACAAAAAUGAGGCACAAAAACUCUUGUAUUCAGUGCCUCGCUACAUGAUAGUAGAAGGCAAAUUGUAUAGAAGGGGCUAUUCAAUGCCUCUCCUACGCUGUGUUCUUCCCGCAGAAGCAAAUGAGAUCAUCAAAGAAAUCCAUGAAAGCUUUUGUGGGGACCAUGCAAGUUGGUUUGGAAUACCCAUUAAGAUAGUAUCAGAUAAUGGGACUCAGUUUGAUGGUGAAUUAUUCAUUGGGUUCUGCGAGAGGAACAAGAUAAUCAAAAGCUUCUCGUCAGUAUCCAGGCCUCAGGCAAAUGGACAAGUGGAAGCUGUCAACAAGACCUUGAAGGAUACUAUCGAGAAGAAACUAGACGCUGCCAAAGGUAGAUGGGUCGAUGAACUACCUCAAGUACUUUGGGCUCAUAGGACAACUGAGAAGAUAGCAACGGGACAUAGUCCAUUCUCGCUAGCAUUUGGCUUAGAGGCAAUGUUGCCAGUAGAAGUAAAUAUCUCUACUCACAGACGAGAAUUUUAUAAUCAAGAAGAAAACCAAGAACUUUUGAAAUUGUCCUUGGAUCUACUUGAUGAAAAACGUACUGAGUCGCAAAUUACUAAUUCAGCAUACCAACACUGA